AUGCGUGGAAAAGUUCAAAAAGUUCAUCAGCUUGACACAUUGCCUGUAGAAGUGGUCCACCUUUCCACGGGAUUGCAUGUACCAGCUGCAGGAAAUAAUCCCAACGCUCCACCUGACGCAGCCCCGACCGAAGUAACUAUGGCGGCUAACCAACAGGCGAACAACGUCAACAAUCAAGCAGAAGCGAACGCAGAAAAUGAGGCGACUGCGGAUCAGCUUGUCCCCGAGGAGGGUGACUAG